AUGCAAGAGACUGGGAGCAGAGAGGGUGGGACACUGGACGAGGACUUUGAGGUCGAUAACAUUUACACAAGCCCAGUCGUCAAGGUGGUUGUUGGAUCGCUAAACCAAGAGUUUUACGUCCACAAGAGGCGCAUGGCCGAAGUGAGCCCCUUCUUCAAAGCUUGCCUUUCAGCAGGGAUGAUGGAACAGUAA